AUGGACUUUGGGCUAAGUUUCGGCUCUGUCGGUGACUUUAUUACAAUCGCCCUUCUAAUCAAAGACAUUGUCGCCGCCCUUGACGAUUGUCGGGGCUCAGCCAAACAAUAUCGCGAUCUAGUUCAAAGGCUCAACACCCUCCAUCAGACGCUCGAAGCUGUCCAGCAAGUCUACGAAGACCCCCAGCUGACGCAAUCCCUCGAAGGUCUUUCAAAAAUAGCUCUCAGUGCUGUUGGCCAGAUCCGAAGCUGCUUGGAAGUGUUUCUCGGUCACAUUCGCAAAUAUGAGCUGAGCUUAGGUAACAGUGUCUCGGGUGGUGGCAAUGCUUUGAAAGAUAUCAGGCGAAAGGUUCAGUGGAGGCUCAAUGAAAAGGAAGUCGAGAAGCUCUGUGAUGAAGUGGUUGGAUGCACCAUGACGCUCAAAAUGUUACUUGAAGUGACUACGAUGCGGGUUUUGCAGAGAAACCACGAUACUCUAAUCAGAGAACGAUCCGACGGCGAAAUUCGUACAGCCGCCAUGGUACACCAAUCAGCAGCGUCGAUAAAGGGCUAUUUGGGGCUGUUAGGACGACGAAUCGUUACCAAGUUGGACCUUGUUUCUCAGCUUGGCGCAAGUCUCAAAAGAUCAACAGGCCACAUCGUCGCCAUGAUGACUGCAAUCACAGGAGACUUGAGCAGUAUACGGACCGUGAUUAUGCGUUUAGAUAGGGGACCCAGCGAUGAACACUUCGUGUUGGAAGACAUUACUGGGAGGACGUUUCCCAUACACCUCAAAACCAUCACGUCAUGGGAGGCUUUUGAGUUCAUACUCAACCAACGAUUCAAGGGAAAGAAAGGUGCUCGCCGAGUACAGCGCAAGCUCUACUCGCUUCAAGAAGACACUACGCACCGUAAGGUUGAUUGGUCAAUGCCGUGGGAAAGCGCAUUCUUGCCGUAUCAAAGAGUCAAUAUGAGCCUUAUGUGCAAAGAAGCAGAGGCAGAGAUUACUGGUGAAAAGGCAGGAUCCAGUUGUCCCUUCUGCCAUACACCUUCAGAUGGUGAGACUGGGGUCGAAGUAGAGUGUCAAAAGUGUAAAAGGUUCUUUACAAGAGUUGUAGAGGUUGACAACGACGAAUCACUACCAUCUGCUCCAACGGCUUUACAUGGUGAGACAUCUUUUUCAGUACGCCUCAAACGACGAAGAGGUCCUGAAAAUGCCGACUCUCAAAUGGGACCAAAGAGAAAACGCGGUUUCUCGGGCUCGGACUCUGAUUCUGAUGACGGAGAUGUUCAAGGGCUCGUGAGAGUGCAUAUUAUCUCAAAAAGAAGGCGUACCGGGAAACCUCAAGUUCCAUUCCAAGCCAUUCAGGUUGAAUCUUUAGACCAGUUGGCUAAAAGGUUUCUGGGUCAAAGCUCAGUUAGGGGAGGGUAUACAGAACGUAUUGAGCAAGGGAGCCACUCAAAGACUGACACAGCUCAACCCAGUCAUUCAGGUUCAACGACGUACAUCAAAUUCGAGACAUUGGCACAAUCCGAGUUUGGGGCUUAUGGGACGACGACUACAAAGACCUUAUCGCUUACCAAAAACCAAUCAAUAUCACAAUCGGCGACGAAAGAUCCCUCUGAUAAGAACAAUGCCGGACAGAUCAAAAUCGACAAAGCAAUAUACAUGAAAAAGCAUGGGAUUUCUGCCAGCUCCUCCCUCAAGCAUUGGGAUCCAGAAGAAGAACCCGUACUCUUGUUUGGAAGUGUUUUCGAUGCAAAUAGCAUUGGAAAGUGGAUUUACGACUGGACGGUUCAUAUCUACGGACCGGGAACUCCAGUACCCGAAAUAGCUGGCGAUCUGUGGCUGCUACUGAUUCAAUUAGCGGGCAAGACUAAAAGAGCCAAUGAGACUGUCAUCAAAAUACGGAAUAUUGAGAAGAGAGAGCUGGUUGAAUGUUUCGUAGAAGCAGGAGAGCGCCUGGCUGGAAAGUUUCAAUCUUUACUGAAACUGUGCGAGGGGCAUGUGUUGAAAGCUCGAAAAUGCCGGAGGCUUGUGGACAAGUCGAUACCGAAGUUUGGUGAGAAGGAAGCUACCGAGUUGGUAGAGAUGUUGUUCAGCCCGAACCACGAGUUUGAGAAGAUGGCCAAGUUCAUGCAGGGAGCUAGGCUGUUUAACUUGAGGUUUGAUGCCAACUGCGAGGAAAUCUUUCGCAACCCGGAGGCAUAGUUUAGGUUUCUGAGCUGGACACUCUGAUCUGGGAAAAGCCAUCCGUGUUUUUAAGUGGUCGGAAUCGUCAACAAGCUACGCCUGGAACGACGUCUCGAUCGAUCAUUGGCCCACAGACAUCUCCAAGUUCGUCUCCGCGUGCCCAGCGGAUACAACGAAAAAUUGGCUCUUUAGCAAUUCGGCCAACAACAUUAUCGGUGCCACACGACGCCGCACCAACGAAGUCUGGUUCGCUUGGAACGCAAGCUCUGGGGGCGGAUUCGCCAACCCUCACGUCCAAAUUGUGCAAGUAGACGUGGGGAGCUUUCCGAGCCUUCCCAAACCUAAACAGUGGCAGAUCUGGAACCCAAGUUUUGCCUUCGCGUUCCCGAAUUUCUACACUAGUAGGGAAUGUGGUGAUGUCGGACUUGCUAUUGCGUUCGGCGGCGGGACCUUGAAUCCGAGCGGUGCCCUAGGCGUUGUCACUUCGGAGGGA